ACGGACCCUCGCGUUAAUUCACGCGGGCCACGUCAGCCGUCUGAUAACUAUAAAUGACGAGUUACGUUGACAAAUUACGACAAAUCGGGGUAAUUUAACAUUGCUCGUUCGGGAAUAUUAGGAGGGAGCACGCGGGGAGAGAGCGAUCGUACUCACAAUGGAGUCCGCGUGCCAGGAUAAGAAGUUUCAAUCCAGUUGGAAAUUGCCUCCUUCCUCGGUCGAUCCGAAUAGAAGGGACAGCAGCCCCGUGAAUCCAUAUCAUCGAUCCAUCUGCGCGAGGAUGACGCGUCCAAAGUGGACACUUCCAGACAUGGAUGAUCAGAGUGAAACUGGAAUUAGCGGCUUACCGGAAUUCGAGUGCGAUGCAGAUUCCUGUAUGGACGCGUGUUCCUGCUGUACUCUUUCGGGGAAGACAAUCGCAAGCUAUCGCGGCUGCUGUAAAAUGAAACAGUCGACGAGGGAGGCUUAUUGGAAAAUCAAGGCGAAAGUGGAAAACGCUGUCAAAAAGCACAAAAUAUUCCUCCUGCGAGGCGAGCUGCCAAAGCUGAAGGAAGCGUUGGAGGCACGAGGGUGGGUGCAGAAGUACGAGUCGACUAGAACGAGAACGCUGCCAUACGGCACCGCGGCUAACUUAGAAGCUCACUCCCUGGGCGAUAUCACGCAAUCGGAUGGAACGUUGAACGAGAGGGCUGUGAUUUUUGCCCUCCUGCGCUUCAAGCAGCCCGACUUUAUAUGGGAUUGCAGGAACGACUUUGUCGAAUGGCAUCGCGGGCUCGGCUGCAACGUUUUGCUCAACCGAUACCAGAGGUCUUUCGUUUAUACUUCAAAGCUCGGAAUGGCGCGCUUACUGGAAAACGCAUACUGGUUAUACGAGGAGAACGUGUCCGGUGCCCUGUUCCCGCGCGCCUACAACCCCAGCACGGAUCAGCAAGCCUUCGUGGAGGACUUUCGACGAACCGCGGCGGUAGGUCUACUCAGAUGGUUUGUUCGCGGUGUGACCACGGAGGAGAUUCUUGUGGCCGACCCGGGAGAACGACAUACGAUCCCGACCGCCAGGCUGGAGUUUGCGAUAGAACGUUGCGAGGAAUUCGUCGCUGUCGCGACGCACGAGGACAUCGACGUUCAGAAGGGCGAGCAGCCGUCCGAGGAGGAAUGGAAUUGUUUUCUGGACGAUUACACGGCGGCGCUUCACCAUGAGGCCGGUAUCGAUAGCUCGUCGAUAGUAAGCCGCGAGCCUCUUCAGAGAUGUUUUCUGGCCGCUGUCGCGAUUUUGGAGAAAUUAAAGACCGUCGAUCCGCAGUAUGAGAUGAGCGACAUAAGAGAUAUUUGGAUCUUGAAGCCUAGUCAUUUGUGCUGCGGUAAUGGCAUCGUUAUAUCCCAUAAUCUCAAGGAUAUCUUGCGCAGAGUCGAGCUCAAGCCCAAAAAUUAUUAUAUCGUACAGAAAUACAUUGGUACGUUUUUUUGCAAUCACGUAUCGCGAAAGAAUCGCAUUCAAUUUGUUAAGCGCGUUAUUAAUAUUUCAGAACGUCCUCUGUUAAUUAAAAAGACCAAGUUCGACAUACGACUGUGGUACCUGAUAACGAGUACCUUCCCUCUGACAAUAUGGCUAUUCAAAGAAGCGUUUCUUCGAUUCAGCUCGAAGCCGUACACUCACUCGACCUAUCACGAGGCGAUCCACAUUUGCAAUACUGCCGUCCAGGAGAAGUACGAUGACGAGAAGAGACGCAGACAGGAACGCAGGCAGGGAGACUCCGAGGAACCCGCCAGCAGCAGCAGUUCGGUGCGCGAUCAAGGAUGGGACUGCGAGAAGCUGAACGAAUAUUUGAAAUCAAUAGGCCAUAAAGGCGAACCGUAUUACGAUUUGAUUUACCCGAAAAUGACGGAGGCCAUCGUUCUGAUGAUGUUGGCAGCGCAGAAUCAUAUGGAAAGGCGUCGUUGCAGCUUCGAAUUGUAUGGUGCGGAUUUCAUGCUGGCCGAAGAUAUGUCGGUCUGGUUGAUCGAGAUCAAUACCAAUCCCCGUAUGCAUCCGCCCAGCUCUAGACUGACAAGACGCCUUUACUCUAACGUGCUGGAGAGCCUGGUGAAAGUGAUAAUGGAUGUGCCGGUGAACGCUUGCGCCGACACGGGCGGCUUCAGUCUGGUCUACAAGCAGAACAUACCCGACUUCCAGCCUUACCUCGGUUCCUACCUUUUCGUGGCUGGCAAGUCGAUGACACUGCACGAGCGACCGCCGGAAUCGACGCCGAGGAAAGAAAGGAGGGCAAACAUUUGCGGUCUCCGGAGCAAGCAGCAACGUGCAAGGACCGCCCCGCCCAUGAUCUUACACUCGAGAGAACCGAACGUGGCGGAUCUUAUUGACCAUUUGAACGCCGCUCAAUGCACCCCGGCCAAUUGACGCGAAACCCUUUUAGGCGGCGCCGGAGUUUAUAGGAUAAACGUGAAAGCGAUCGACGAGUGUCACGAUUUCUUCGAUCUUUCAAGGUGCGUGUUCAGUGUUGCAACAGUUUUAGAAUAUUAUUUAAUAUAGAACAUGCAUAAAAUAUUUAUCGUGCGUACUUUAAACUUUUAAGUAUACGCUAAAAUUUUAAUAUGUUGGUACCAAUGAAAAGAAGAUAUUUAAGAUGAACGUGAAGGAGCUGCGGGAGACUUUUGUCUUCUGAUUAAUCGAGGGCACCGCCGCGCGAUUUCGAACGCGAAAUUUACGCGCCCGUAUUUUUUCACAGUAAAUUUAGCACCGCGUCGUAAUUAACGAACGUGAGAUAGCGUGGUGUAAUUAAUGUUGUCAUUAGCGAGGCGAUGUCCGCGCGCGCCGACAUCGCUUCUUUCCGCAUUCCUGAGGAAAAUCGCGCGUGGCUUGAAGAUGCGCUAUUGAAUAUAGCGGCCGUAAACUUUCUCGAAAUAUAACGAGGUAAACUUCCUCGGUCGCGUGAUUGACGGAAUACUUUUGCGAGAAAUUUGCGACGCGAUGCAUAAUCUUGCCAGGGACGGCCUUACGUCUAUGCUUUCAGGUAGAACAUUAAGGACGUCUACUUACCGAGCAUAUAUCUGCCUACAUAGGAGAAAGUUACCAAAAUUGCACCACUUUUCACAUAAAGACAUAAUUCAGAAAUUAUAAAAAAUAUUUUUGAAUUCUUUUUACAGCUUUCAAACUCUUUUUACACAAUGAAGCAUUUAUCCUUUCUAUGUUAUUUUUUCAUAAUUUUGUGCAUUCUUAUGAUUUUUUUUUAAUAAGAAAUUUUAAAAAGCUUGCGAGUGGUGCAAUUUUGAGAACAAGUCUUUUAAAUUGCAACAGAGGUUGCCAAAAUUGCAAAGUGGUUCUCUACUGCUUACGGAGGCUACAUUAGCUCGUUUCGUUUCACAUAAAACUUUAUUUUGAUAAUAUCGUAAAAAAUGUUUUUUUUUUUUUUUUACAAAAAUACUGUAUUUCUUUCUAUUCACUAUUAAAAAUACGUAGCAAUAUUUAAUGUAAUGUAAAUUUCAAGCAAAUUUGAAGGUACAUUAAAAAAAUUUAAUGUUGUUAAAAGUGCACCAAAUUUC